GUCCCACAUGAGAUUGAGAACCGCUGAUUUCUGAAGCACCAAGCACGCACUCCUUUAUAGCUUAUCCUGCUACGCCCACCCAACUCCAGUCUCCAGCUCUUUUCAAUAUCUCUUGCUCUGCGUUUGUUGUGUCUUCAGUCUUUCUCUAUUCUCUCUCUGCGCCACUGCAAUCACGAAAGCAACCAAACCGAGAAAUUUAAAAAUAUUCAGUAAAUUAAUGGGCGAGGAAGAGAAGAAACCAGAGGAAAAGAAAGCAGAAGAAAGCAAGGGAGAAGAUGGAAAACAACCGGAUGUAGAGAAGAAUGAAAAGAAAGAGGAAGCCAAGCCCGAGAAACCAGCUGAUGAAAAAGAGGGGGAGAAGAAAUCUGAGGAAUCCAAGGACUCAAAGGAAUCGGAUGCCAAGGAAGCCAAGGAACCCCCUCCCCCAGAAGAGAUCGUUCUUCGGGUCUACAUGCAUUGCGAGGGAUGUGCCAAGAAGGUUAAGAGAUGCUUGAGAGGAUUUGAAGGUGUCGAAGGCGUUCAGACCGAUUGCAAGACUCAUAAGGUGGUUGUGAAGGGGAAAACGGCAGAUCCGUUGAAGGUCUUGGAAAGAGUUCAACGGAAAAGUCAUAGGCAGGUGGAACUCCUGACUCCCAUCCCGAAACCCCCGGCCGAAGAGACGAAGAAGACCGACGAGAACAAAGAGAACCCUGAACCGGAGAAGAAAGAAGAGCCGCAGGUUAUUAUAGUAGUGUUAAAAGCCCACAUGCAUUGCGAAGCUUGCGCGCAGGAAAUCAGGAAACGUAUUCAAAGAAUGAAGGGAGUGCAAGAUGCGGAACCAGAUCUGAAGAGCUCACAAGUGACGGUGAAAGGCGUAUUCGAUCCCCAAAAGCUGGUUGAGUACGUGUACAAGAGAACAGGGAAACACGCAGUGAUCUUGAAGCAAGAACCGGAGAAGAAGGAGAGCAAGGAAGAGAACGAAGAAAAGAAAGAGGAAGGUAGAGAGAAAGAGAAAGGAGGGGGGGGAGGAGGCGGAGGAACGGGAGAUGGGGAGAAGGAGAAGAAAGAAGGUGAAGAAGCGAAACCGGGGACGGAAGAGGAGACGAAAGUGGAGGUAAAGAAGAACGAAUUUUACUACUACUACGCCCACCAUCCCAAAUACGUAUACCCUCCUCAGAUCUUCAGCGACGAAAAUCCCAACGCCUGUUCGAUUAUGUAAAAAUUUGAGCUUGAGAAAGUCACCAUGGAUAGAAAUGGUACAGGGACCAGUGAAGAAGUAUUACCCUUUUUCCCACAUUAUUUACUAUUCGUCGUUUUAAUUUCGCAAUAUUGUACAUUGCAGAUUCCGUUUGGCGUUUCUUUUCUCUUUUCUUUGCAUAAAAAGAUCUACGGGGCAAUAUCUGUAGAAUUUUCAAUUUUGUGAAGUCGCAAGUGUGUAGUUUUUCUUUCUUCUUCUUGUUCUCUCUCUCCUUCAAUUGUUGACUGUUAUAUUUUUAUAUAAAUACAGAAAAAAUAUGGAACACAGGUUCAUUCUC